AUGCUGGGACUUCUUCCCGCGGUCCCCUGCCUCCUCCUCCUGUCCCUGCCAGGCCCCAGCUCUGGCUUGGAGGAUGAUGACACCAUGGUGCUCACCACCAGCGGCCCCAUCCAGGGCAAGCGCCUCCAGGCUGGCUCCGGCACAGUGACGGCCUUUCUGGGCAUCCCCUAUGCUGAGCCCCCCGUGGGGGCCUUGCGCUUCCAGAAACCACUUCCCCACCAGCCCUGGAGCCAAGUCCUGGAGGCCACCAGCUUUGGCAACGCCUGCCCCCAGCCUCAACUUACUGGUUACCCUGAGAUCGAAACAUGGACACCCAAAACGCCACAGUCCGAGGACUGCCUCUUCCUCAACGUCUGGGUGCCCCAUCCCCGGCCCCUCACAUCGGCCCCCAUCCUCGUCUGGAUCCAUGGUGGGGGGUUCUUCUCAGGUGCAGCCUCACUCGACGUCUAUGAUGGGCGCUUCUUAGCUGCCACCGAGAACCUGAUCGUGGCUUCAAUGAACUACCGGCUGGGGGCGCUGGGUUUCCUGUCCCUGCCCCCGGCCGCCCCAGGGAACGUCGGCCUAUGGGACCAGCGACUGGCGAUGCGCUGGCUGCGGGACAAUGCAGCCGCCUUCGGAGGGGAUCUGGCCCAUUUCCUGCUCUUCGGCCAGGGCACUGGGGCUGCGUCAGUCGGCUUCCACCUCCUCUCUCCAGGGAGCCGGCCCCUCUUCACCCGCGCCAUUCUGCUGAGUGGAGCCCCGAAUGCACCAUGGGCUUGGAUUUCACUUGAGGAGGCCAAGAAGAGAGGCCGGAGGCUGGGCCAGCUGCUUGGCUGCACUGAUAACGAUGACAUGGCCCUGGUGGGCUGCCUGCAGGAGAAGGAACCAGGGGAGUUCCCCAAACACGAGUUCUCCGUCUUGCGCCACAAGGAGCUGCUGGGGCUGCCCUUUGUGCCGACACCAGAUGGGGAUUUCCUCCCUGAUACACCACCAAGACUUAUGCAGGCUCAGCAGAGCCACCCUAUACCAAUCGGGGCUGGCUUCACUGCCAACGAAGGCUCCUAUAUGUUAAUAUUUGGUGCUCCCGGACUCAACCUGGAGAACGCCAGCUCCAUCGGCUGGGAGGAGCUGCUGCAGGUGGUGAGGCUGAUGGUUCCAGGAGCCCCGGAAGAGGCUGUCCGGGCUGUGGCACUGUGGUACAGCCGGGAGGGGAAGGGGCAGGGCGAGGCACGCUACCGAUGGGCCAUGGAUCAAAUUACUGGUGACUACCUAUUUGUGUGCCCGGUAGCCGAGCUGGCUAGUCAGGAAGCAGAGGCUGGCAAUCCUGUGUACGCCUACUACUUCACCCACCGCACCAGCAGCUUGUCUACACCUGAAUGGACGGGGGUGCCACACAGCUCUGCGUUUCCCUACGUGUUCGGGACCCUGGCAUCUGUAGGAGGAGCCAACCACACGCACACGGAGGCUGAGGUGGCGCUGAGCCACAUGGGAAUGCGGCACUUUGCAGAGUUUGCCAGCAGCGGGACUCCUUUGGGGUUGAGGGACAAAGGGAAGCAGUGGCCCCGCUACGACCCCACAAAGCAGAACUUCGAGCACAUCAGCACGGAGCCACCCAAGGUCGAGAAGAUAUCGCCCGCCCGGCACUGCGGUUUCUUGGAAUCAGUGCUCGCAGGAGCAGACCCAGGACAUGCCCAGCCCAGGGAGCAGUGAAUGAAGACUUGAGCAAUUACAAUCCCCUCACAGAGGGAACAUUCCCUGCAGACAAGAGCAUCCAGUUCCUGUUAGCACCUGCUAAUUCACUGAUGAGGAUCCUGCUA